CACACACACACACAUUCACACACUUGCAAACAGGACAGUCAGUGAACAGUGACAGAGGAGAGAACAAAGGCAGAGAGAGAGAGAGAGAGAGAGAGGCUUAAACACAGGGAGGAAAAGUUGUUAAAGAAAGGUAAAGAAGAGAAAAGAGAGUGAGAGUACAGAAGGGAGAGAGAAAGAGAGAGAGAGAGAGAGAGAGAGAGAGAGAGAGAGAGAGAGAGAGAGAGAGAGAGAGAGAGAGAGAGAGAGAUGGGACUUUGGUACGGUAAAGCCAGUGAGACAAUGUGGUGAACACCCACCUGCUGGAACGGACUAACCUGGCUGGAUCUACACACACACACACACACACACACACACACACACCACUCUGAAGUGAGACACUGUAGAGGACUGCAGUACGUAAGCAGAGAGGAGUGUGAUGUCUCGACGGAGCUGGAGUUUUUCCUCCGUACGUCUGAAGACGAAACGGGGGUCUGACGAUGAGGCAGCGGACGUGUUUCGGAGGAGAGGAAGAUUGUUCUCCUCUGUUAGAGAAGAUCGCAGACCUAAGAGAUCUGACGACGAAGACCCCAGCCCAGAAACGCACAAUGGUGCGUUCCUGCCAGGUGAGGAUGAAGAUGAUAGGGGGGCGAUGAAGAGGCUGAGCACCAUGUGGAGCUCAUUCCGUGGGAAGAUCAGCCGAGACAGAGCUUCUAAAGAGCCAGACUCACCCGUGAGCCCAGAGCUGGCAGCGGUGGAGGAGAAGCCCCGGGACCAGCGCUACGCCAGUGGCCAGUUCUUCUUUGAGUACCUGGUGGUGGUCAGCCUGAAGAAGAACAUCAGAAGUGGAGAGUAUGAACCACAGAUCUCCUACCAGUUCCCCAAGAGAGAUGGGAUGGUGCGGUUUCAGAAGGAGGAAGAGGAGAAGACGCUGAAGGCCAUCACGCUCUUCUGUUUUCCAGAAGGAAUAAACUGGGCUCCUCUUACAGAGUACCGCAGCGAGACCUUCUCCUUCGUUCUGACGGAAGUCGACGGAAGCAGGAGGAAUGGUUACUGCCGGAGGCUACUGCCUCAUGGGAAUGGAGCUCGUCUUCCAGAAGCUUACUGCAUCAUCAGCAAAUUGGCCUGUUUUGGCCUCUUCUCCAAGAUCUUUGACGAGGUGGAGAAGCGGAAGGUGAAGUCCAUAGCGAUGAUCUACCCCUUCAUGCAGAGUCUCAGAGAAGCUCCGUUUCCUGCUCCGGGGAACACAGUCAACAUCAAAAGCUUCAUCCCUGAAUCUGGAACUGAGAUCAUCAGUCUGACGCGUCCUACAGACUCGUGGUUGGAGCAUGUGGAUUUCCGGCCGCUGUUCAGCGCUCUGACGGAUGAGGAGGUGCUGCAGGUGUUUGCUGCGACUGUGCUGGAGCGCAGGAUCGUCUUCAUCGCUGAGGAGCUGGGGACGUUAUCUCAGGUGAUCCACGCUGUCACGGUUCUUCUUCAUCCCUUUAUCUGGCAGCAUACGCUCAUCUCCAUCGUGCCUGAGAUCCUGAUAGACGUGGUGAUGGCUCCCACGCCGUACCUGCUGGGGGUCCAGAAGCGGCUCGCUGAUGAGGUCACUGAGCAGGGAGAUCUGUUGGCAGUGGACCUAUCAGAGGGCAGGAAACAAACGUUUAUCAGACAAAUCGGAGAUGAGGACUCCAUUCUACCUCACAAACUCAGAGAUGAGAUCCUGCAGGCUCUGAAAAGCCGGAGUGAAAAAGCCACUCUGGAGGAGAUGAACCGCGUGGUUCCUGAAGCGUUCUUGCCGUUCUUCAUAAAGACAGUCGGACAUUUCGCUAAACACAUCGCAAGGCCCGGACCGGAGAAACCGGGUCAGUUCCAGAAGAGAAGCUUCUAUAAAGCUCUGGAGUCAAAGAGCACUCGCCACUUCGUCAAGCAGUUCGUGGAGACGCAGAUGUUCGACCUGUUUAUUCAGGAGGCGGAGCAACGGCCCGCCAAUCAGAACGGUUUUUUUGAACAAAAGAUUGCGGAGUAUCAGAAGAAAAUGAGGGAAAAGGCGAAGAAACACUAGGAGAGGACUGCUGAAAAAUACGUUGUGUGAUAUGGUUGUAAUCAGAUGUUAUAUAAUUGUUGAGAGUGUAGAUAGUAAUGUUAGAUUAUUUAAGUUAUGUUUUAUCACGUUUUAAUGAUAAUUUUAAGCGUAAAAUGGGGAUUUUCUGUGUGAUAAAUAUCAAUGUGCGUUACACUGUAUUGGGAACUGUUUGUGUGUGUGUGUGUUCGAGAGAGUGUGUGUGUAAUAAAGGACUGCAGUAGUGUAGGAGUUUAGUUAAUAUUGAUCCUGAUCAGUGGAUGAAUCUGAGCCAGUGUUGAAAUAAAGAUUUUCAUCUUUUUAAA